AUGUCUAGUGAAGAAGCUACCAAAAGGGAAGAGCCUCUUAUUGACGACAAUAUUGCAGGAGAUAAGGCUCCCAGUGAUGAGGAGGAGGGUGAGGAUGUCUUCGACUCUUCUGAAGAGGAUGAAGAUCUAGAUGACGACGAAGAAGAGGCAAAGCGUGUAAGGGAGGGGUUUAUAGUUGAUGAUGAAGAUGAUGGCGAUGCAACCACUGGUAGCAGAAGAAGAAGAAAGCAUAAGAGGCGUGCUAGAGAAGAAGAUGACGACAGACUAUCGGAGGAUGACUUAGACCUAUUGAUGGAAAAUGCAGGCGUCAAAAGAACAACGGAAUCCUCUUCAAGUAAAGGAAAAUUCAAACGUUUAAAAAGAGCGGGUGAUGAUAACGAGCAAGAGGUUGCCGAUGAACCCCAGCGAUCAAACGAUACAUCCAAAUUCGACGAUUUCUUUUCUGAAGACGAAGAUGAGAAUCUUGAACAUGAUGAGGAUACCGGUAGAUUAGGAUCAGGUCAAAGCAAGAAACCUUCGGACGUUGGGAUUCUGGACGAAUUAGACGAUUUUAUCGAAGAGGACGAAUUUUCCGAUGAAGAUGAAGAAACGAGACAGCAACGUCUGCAAGAGAGAAAAAUGCUCAGAGAGCAGCGCAUGAAGCAGCCUGUACAAAUAACAGGUCUUUCGUCAGAAAAAAUCGAUGAAAUGUACGACAUAUUUGGUGAUGGCCACGAUUAUGAUUGGGCACUUGAAGUUGAAAACGAAGAUCUCGAUCAAAAUGAGGAAGCAGUCCGCGCUGAUGAGGAUCAAGAAGAGGGUAGCCUUCUAGAUGCGAAGAAAUCAAAAAUUACGCUUCAAGAUAUCUAUGAUCUUCAGGAUUUGAAAAAGAACUUAAUGACCGAAGAGGAUAUGGUUAUCAGAAGGGCUGAUAUACCUGAGAGAUACCAAGAGUUAAGAGCUGGAUUAAAAAACUAUGGCCAACUCAGCAGUGAAGACCAAGAAUUAGAAAAGAAUUGGAUCAGCGAGAAAAUUUCCGUUGACAAAAAUUUCGAUCCCGACUAUGAUUUAACUGAGUUCAAAGAAGCCGUGGGUAACGCAAUAAAGUUCAUAAGUCAGGAUAAUUUCGAGGUACCCUUCAUUUAUGCUUACCGAAGAAACUAUAUAUCUUCGCGUGAUAAAGACGGAUUCGUUUUGAAUGAAGAUGACCUGUGGGAUAUUGUUUACAUGGAUUCGGAAUUUCACAGUAUUAUCUACAAGAGAGAUUAUGUGAAGAAGUUCUAUCAACAACUGGAAAUCAAUGAUCCAAUAGUGGAUGAAUAUUUCAAGAAUCAAGGCUCUUCCAUGACAGAAAUAAGCUCUCUCCAAGAUAUUUACAACUAUCUGGAAUUUAAAUAUGCCCGUGAACUUAACGAAGCCCUAUUGAGCAACACUAAUGGAUCCACUAAAAAGCACAUGAAGAACUCCAGUUAUGAGAAGUUUAAAUCGAGCGCCCUUUAUCAGGUAGUCAAUGAUAUUGGGAUUACCUCAGAGCAUGUUGGUGAGAAUAUCCAUGCGGAGCACCAAAUUCAUCCUAUAGUCGAUCAUCCUGAUUCAAAGCCUAUGCUAGUCGUUGACAAAUUGUUGGAAACAACAAGCGCUGACCUAUCGGUAUUCUCUAAUAAUCACCAUUUGGCAUUGGAGACCGUUCAGAAGUAUUACUCUCUUGAAAUCGCAAGCAAUCCUAAAGUAAGAGAAAAAGUCAGGGCUGAUUUUUACAGAUAUUACAUCGCGGAUGUUGUUCUUACAGUCAAAGGUAAGAAGGAAAUACAAAGAGGAUCUCCAUACGAAGAUAUAAAGUAUGCGAUCAACAGGACUCCAGCACAUUUCCGCAAAGAGCCAGAAGUUUUUCUAAGGAUGCUAGAGGCCGAAUCUUUACAUCUCAUGAAUAUCAAAAUCCAUAUGUCUUCGCAAGAUCAAUAUUGUGACCAUUUGUUCCAAACUGCUCUAGAAACUACCAAUACUUCAGAAGUCGCUACUGAAUGGAACAACUUCAGGAAAACAGCGUUCUUUAAUGCAUUGGACAAGAUUUUCGUCGAUAUUAGUCAGGAAAUUAAAGACGACCUAAAGAAGUCCUGCCAGAAACUCGUUUCCAAAAGCGUUCGUCAUAAAUUUAUGACAAAACUAGAUCAGGCACCUUUCAUCCCUAACCCCAAAGACCCCAAAAUUCCAAGGUUGCUCACAAUUACUUGUGGACAGGGUCGCUUUGGUUCUGAUGCAAUAAUCGCAGUUUACGUUAAUAGAAAGACUGACUUUGUCAGAGAUUACAAAAUUGUCGAUAAUCCAUUUGAUAGGAACAAUCCACAAAAGUUUGAGGAAAGCUUAGAUACGAUCAUCCAAAACUGUCAACCAAAUGCGAUUGGUAUAAAUGGGCCUAAUCCAAAGACUCAGCGUCUCUACAGAAAGCUGCAGGAAGUGAUUCAAAAGAAGCAGAUCGUUGAUAACAGAGGUCACAACAUUCCAGUGAUUUAUGUUGAGGAUGAAAUAGCAAUUCGGUACCAAACAUCUGAACGUGGUAAUCAGGAAUAUCCCAACAAACCAUCUUUAGUAAAAUAUUGUAUUGCCCUUGCACGUUACAUGCAUUCUCCAUUAUUGGAAUAUGCUAGUUUAUCAGCGGACGAGUUGAUGUCAUUAUCAAUUCAUCCCCAACAAUCUUUGCUCACUCGUGAAUAUUUUAUGAGAGCCCUGGAAACAUCGUUUGUUGAUAUCGUGAACCUUGUCGGUAUGGAGGUGAACAAGGCAACGGAUAAUCCAUACUAUGCAUCGUGUUUGCAUUACAUAUCUGGUCUAGGGAAGCGUAAAGCUACAGAUUUUUUGGAAUCUCUUCAAAGAUUGAAUGAACCUCUUUUAGCACGUCAACAGUUGAUCACGCAUGAUAUUUUACACAAGACAAUAUUCGUCAAUUCUGCAGGAUUUCUGUACAUUUCAUGGAAUGAGAAAAAUCAAAGAUAUGAAGAUUUAGAACAUGAUCAACUUGAUAGCACCAGAAUUCACCCUGAAGACUACCAUCUAGCAACAAAAGUUGCUGCAGAUGCCCUCGAAUAUGAUCCAGAUGCGAUUGCAGAGAAAGAAGAGCAAGGGACUAUGAGCGAAUUUAUAGAACUCCUAAGGGAAGAUCCGGAUCGCAGAAGUAAGCUUGAGUCUCUAAACUUGGAAUCCUAUGCUGAAGAACUCGAGAAAAACACAGGACAGAGAAAACUGAACAAUUUAAACACUAUUGUGUUGGAAUUGUUGGACGGAUUCGAGGAAUUGAGAAAUGAUUUCCAUCCGCUACACGGUGACGAGGUGUUUACUGCUUUAACAGGUGAAACGGAUAAGACAUUCUUUAAGGGUUGUAUUGUCCCCGUUAGAGUUGAAAGAUUUCGGCACAGUGACAUUUUGUGUAUAACAAAUUCACAAGUUGAAUGUGUGGUCAAUGCUCAGCGCCAUGCAGGCGCCCAGCUGAAGAGGCCAGCUUCUGAAUUGUACGAGAUUGGAAAAACUUACCCUGCUAAGGUCAUUUUCAUUGACUAUGAAAACAUCAGUGCGGAGGUGUCCCUCUUAGAACAUGACGUAAAGCAUCAAUACGUUCCUAUUCAUUACAGCAAGGACCCAUCGAUCUGGGACCUCAAACAGGAGUUAGAAGAUGCCGAAGAGGAGAAGCAGAUAGCAAUGAGAGAAGCGAGAGCAAAACGUACUCAUCGUGUAAUUAACCAUCCAUACUACUUCCCCUUCAACGGCAAGCAGGCCGAGGACUACCUCAGAAGUAAGGAGCGCGGUGAUUUCGUUAUCAGGCAAUCUUCACGCGGUGACGAUCAUCUUUCGAUCACUUGGAAACUUGACAAAGAUCUGUUCCAGCACGUGGACAUUGAAGAACAAGAAAAAGAGAAUCCGCUUGCCUUGGGUAAGGUAUUGAUCGUAGAAGGGCAGCGCUACCACGAUCUGGACCAAAUUAUUGUAGAAUAUCUACAGAAUAAAGUGAGACUAUUGAACGAGAUCACCUCCAAUGAGAAGUUCAAGAAGGGUACCAAAAAGGAAGUUACCAAGUUUAUUGAGGACUACUCCAAAGUCAACCCCAAUCGGUCUGUGUAUUAUUUCAGCUUCAACUACGAACACCCUGGUUGGUUCUAUUUAAUGUUCAAGAUCAACGCACAAAGCAAGCUUUACACAUGGAACGUAAAGCUGACCCACACUGGUUUUUUCCUGGUCAACUACAACUAUCCAACAGUAAUCCAAUUGUGCAAUGGAUUCAAGACCCUACUGAAGUCGAGCAGUAGGAACCAAAGGUCGGGCUCAUCUCUCAAUAAUGUUAAUGCGGCACCAACCAGCACAACAGGGGGUUAUUAUGGGUAUUAG